AUGGCAUCUGCCAGCUCUUCCGCCUCCAAAAGUCAAGACACUGCGGCCGGCACGAACGGCAAAGCGCCAGCAGGCAGUAGCCGGUCUCGUGACCGUCAAGGACGAUCUCUGGGACCUACUGAAGUCCUCUUGAACACGCCGCCUCAGGUCAUCCAUUUGCUCACCUACGGCCAGCCAUUCCUGCACGCACUCACCACGCUGGCUCAAGUCCUCACGUGGUCGCACCCAAAUUUCUUCGUGCCCUUCCUCGGUCUGUUCGUUUGGUGGCUCAUCUGCCUCUACGGUGAGCUGGCAGUGCGGUAUGGCUUCAAUGCCGGAUUGCUCGCGCUCAUGGCUUGGGGCUGGGUACACCGUGCGAGUCAUCGCCCCGGUGGUCUGGCCAAACGUAUGGAGAAAGGUAUCGAAGGAGGCGCCGAGGACGAUGAUGAAGAGUCAGAUGCGAGGGUACAUCCUUCAUCAGGCGUCUAUCAGAUGUCACCGAGUCAAUUCGCGACGAGUCUUUAUGAGGUACAGAUCCUCUCAGACAGCAUUGGCGACUUUCUGCUGUCUGUUCAGCCGGUCAUUUAUCCAUUCAGCUGGCGAUCAGUCAGAGCGUCUUACAGACUAAUGUCGUUCUUAUUCACAUCUUAUCCGUUCUACAUCAUCUUGACGCACUUUUGCCCGCUGCGAUAUAUCUAUCUCGCUCUGGGCACGACUGUCCUGCUUUGGAAUGCGCCAUGGUUUGCUGUUAUCCGAAGAGCGGUCUGGGCGAGCGCCGCAUUCCGCUUUCUCAUCCGCUUCGCCUACGGCAUCCUCUCGGGCGGCCGAGGCUUGCGGCGCGAAUGGAGUCGCGGUCAUCGCGGCAUUGGCCUCAUCGGCAGGCUUUUCAAAGCAUCUGUACAACCUCAAGUCGGCUGGCGAUACCAUCCGACUGAGGCUGAGAAGCUAGCUGAUUCAACAGGCGCAAGCUCGGCAGAUAAGACAAAGAGUGACGUGCACUUUCUCUUCACGAUUUAUGAGAAUCAACGAUGGUGGGUCGGCCUCGAUUGGACGCACGCCCUUCUGCCGAACGAACGUCCUAGCUGGUCCGACGCACAUGACGCAGCUGUAUCACCUCCUGCAUCCUUCAUGCUGCCGGCGCCGACAGUCAGUUACGUUGCCUCGCCGACCCGUCAGGACCCCGAAUCGCAUCUCAAGCAUACUGUAGAAUGGAAGUGGCUCGAUCCGGAGUGGACCAUCAAGGCAGCUUCGAAGCACGCAGCUUCCUCAAGUGUAGAAAGUGCGCCGAGCUCUGGAUGGCGCAGCGUGCUCAGGCGGGGCAGCGACGCAAAGGCUGGUCAGCAAGACUCUGCAGCAAGCACCCUGAAGGCAGCCAUACCUGGCAAAGCGAGUGAUCCCGACUCUAUCAAGAAGAACGAUGAGGCAGACAAGGAUGCAGAGGAGGCUGCGCACCAGCAUCCCAUCGGCGCACACGUGGAAGAUCACCAGGCGCAUUGGGACGUAGAUCAUCAGGGCUGGCAAUAUGGCGAUAACGCUUGGGCGAAGCUGUCCUCAGAUGCAGGUAUGGGCCGAUAUACAAGGAGACGAGCUUGGGUCCGGCGUGCUAUUGCUGUACAUUCUGUCGAGCGGGUGUCUCGGCCCAAAGCGGCAAGUAGCGCAUCUAAACGAGCGAUCAAGGACGAAAGCUCAGCGCCAGGCGACGAUCUCGCACAGAACGAGGGCGAUACACGAGCGAGGAGGCGGAGCUCGGGCGCAAGCGGCCUCAAGCGAAGAUCAGUCAUAGCAAAAGUGACCGAUGGCCAGCCAAGCUCUAUAGCCGAAGAGGGCUCUGCUAUACAAUGA